AUGACACAGCUAAACACAGAUGCAACAGAUACUAACCAUAAAACACAAGUCGAAACUGGCGUCUCACAUAGUCGUCGAAUCGUAGAUUCCACUGUCGAAGCAUCAAAACCCACUUUCAACAACGAAUCUUCAACACAAGACGAGCCUAUCAUCGGUUACGCACAAGAACAACUUCUACCGCUCAUCAACGCAUGCGAGCCACUCUCUCAUAUCAUUCCUAACANGACGGAAAAUGCGUCAAGUGGUACAACUAAAGCUGGAAGUAGCAGUGGAACCACUGGGUCGUCUUCAUCAUUACUCGAUACUCCAGUAGAUGUUUUUUUCGAUAUACACGGUUAUAUGUAUGUGACCGAUACUGAAAAUCAUCGCAUUCAACGUUUUCUUCUGAAUUCUUCUCUUGCCACAACUGUAGCAGGAACAGGUUCGAAAUCGAGUGCCUUAACAGGUCUUGAUCAUCCUUCAGCCGUUGUCGUUGACGACGACUAUCAUGUGUAUGUUCUUGAUAAACAUAAUGCUCGAGUCGUAUUAUGGGGACCGAAUGCUACAAGUGGUACUACGGUGAUCAGUAAUAAUGCUCUGAAGAAGACAGCAGCAAUGAUUUAUGUACCCGGUAGCUCCGAUCAAGUUUAUAUUAGCGAUGAAGACAGCAACAAGAUUUAUCGAUGGUCAUUCAAUAUGUCAUUGCCGACAUCAUCACUUUCGCAAGUGAAUAGCACUACAAAUGCUUUGAAUACACCAAAAGGAAUGACUACUGAUAUGUAUGGUAAUUUAUAUGUUGCUGAUUAUGAAAAUCAUCGAAUAGUCAUGUACUGUGCUAAUUCAACUGUAGGAAUUGUUGUUGCUGGUGAUACGGGUGGCUCACCUACACUAGAUAAGCCGAUGGAUAUUGCUUUCGAUUCCGAUCUCAAUAUGUAUGUUGUCGUCGAUGGCGACAAUCAAGUUAUCAAAUUUCCACGUCGAUAA